AUGCUUCCGAGAUCCAUUGGCAAUCUUUCUUCUGUUCAAAUGUUUGAAGCAGUAGGUUGUAAUCUCAAAGGCAAAGUUCCAAGUGAGAUUAGAAAUAUGAGAAAAUUAUUUAGUUUGAUGGUAGGUCAUAAUAACUUUACUGGAAUCGCCUCAACAACAUUAAGUUCUGUGAAAAACCUUCAACACCUUUCACUUGUUGCAAAUAGAAUAAGUGGUCCUUUUCCAAUUGUUUUAUGUGAGCUACCGAACUUGAGCAUAUUAAGACUUUCACAUAAUCAAAUGUGGGGAAAUAUUCCUAGUUGCUUGGGGGAUAUAACUACCCUAAGGAAGGUUUAUCUUGAUUCCAAUAACUUCACUGCGAGCAUACCUUCAAGUAUAUGGAACCUCAAAGAUAUUUUAGAGCUGAAGUUGUCUUCUAAUUUCUUCAAUGGCUCUUUAUCAUUAGAAAUUGGUAACCUCAAGGCUGUAAUACUUCUGGAUCUUUCCUCGAACCAAAUAUCAGGAAACAUUCCAAGUGCACUGGGAGGUCUACAAAGAUUGAUUCAACUAUCUUUAUCUCAUAAUAGAAUUGAAGGAUCUAUUCCCGAUACAUUUGGGGAACUCAUAAGUUUGGAAGCAUUGGAUCUUUCUUAUAACAAAAUGUCUGGUGUGAUUCCAAAGUCAUUAGAGGCACUUAAGCAGCUAGACUCCUUUAAUGUCUCAUUCAACAGGUUACACGGGGAAAUUCCGAGUGGAGGACCUUUUGUUAAUCUCACUUUUCAGUCCUUCAUGUCGAAUGAAGGAUUGUGUGGGCUUGGUUCAGCUAUAGUUUUCCUGUUGAUGAGACAUCGGGGUAAAACAGUCAAUGCUGAAGAUGAGUGGUUGCCUGAGGUAGCACCACAAAGAAUUUUUUGCUAUGAACUUCAACGAGCAACUCAAGACUUUGAUGGAAAUAACUUGCUAGGUAGUGGGAGUUUUGGUUCUGUUUACAAAGGGACAUUGACAGAUGGGACCGUAGUAGCUGUUAAAGUUUUCAAUGUACAGCUGGAAGCACCGGUUAUUCACUGUGAUUUGAAGCCUAGCAACGUGUUACUUGACAAUAACAUGGUAGGACACCUGACUGACUUUGGCAUUGCAAAACUUUUAACUAAGGAAGAAUCUGUUGCUCACACUACAACCUUUGCCACAAUUGGUUACAUUGCUCCAGAGUAUGGUUUGGAAGGCCUUAUAUCCAAGAGGUUUGAUGUUUAUAGUUAUGGUAUCAUGCUGCUGGAAACUUCCACCAAGAAGAAACCUAAUGAUGAAAUGUUCACGGGAGAUUUGAAUUUCAGAAGCUGUGCGCAUAAUUUGCUUCCUGAUGAGUUAGAUCAAAUCAUAAAUGUUGACUUACUAACACUAGAUGAAGAAAACUUAAGUCAAAAGUUGCAGUCUGUGUCAUCCAUCAUGGAGUUAGCCAUGAAUUGCACAACUAAUAUUCCAGUUGAAAGGAUGAACAUGAUUGAUGUUGUAGCAGCAUUGAAAAGGAUCAAGCAGAAGCUUUCUUCCUGUAAUUGA